AUGGUACGACUUAGCUGCUUGUUAGCCGUCGUCUUGCUCGGCGCUAUUUUGCUAGCCAUACCAGCAGUUGCAUAUCCAAGGAUGCCCGCCAACUACUAUCUUGAUGACGGUCCUUAUGAGCCCGAAGAGAUCAUGGAGAUGCUGAACCGCCUCGACAGUUACCUUCAGCAAGAGGGCAAAAUCGCUAACUACAAAGACAUUACUAGUGAGAAACGCGCUCUCGACUUCGGCCUGAACCGCGGGUACUCCGGCGCACUCCACGCAAAGCAUAUGAUGGGUCUCGCCGCUGCCAACUACGCAGGAGGCCCUGGCAGAAGGCGACGCGACGCACAUUAA